AUGCCUCCUGCAUUACGAGUCCCCGCGGAGAAGGUCGCGAUUGCGGCCUCUGCUGCGGCAGCGACUGUGGUCGGCGCUCUGUACGCCAAUAGUCGAUAUGGGGUUUCCUACGACAUUAACCAAUUGCUCGCCGAAAAGUCAUUCCGAAAGCGAUUCCAGAAGCGAGUCGAUACAUUGGGUAAUGAUGUGUCUGUUUUCCACAUGUUCGAGCUGGCAGACCAGCGGGCAGAGGCUCUUUGGUUUGAGGGCCGCACCUGGACCUAUGGAGAGGUUCUCGCUGUAUGCACGCCAGACGUCGCGCCGGCAAUCGCAGACCUCAAGGGUGAGGGCACGCCAUCCGUUGUUUUCUCUCUCAAUCUUUCCUCCUUUCCGCCACUACAACUAUCACCGGACAUCUGCACCGCGUCAGAUAUCACGCAACUGAGGUAUGAAGAUCUUGCGGCAAUCAAGGACGACACUGUCCUUCGCCCGAAACGUGUUCUCAAAGACGUAGGCGCCUUGGUUUAUACCUCUGGUACAAGCGGAAAGCCAAAGGCUGUGGCUCCAUGGGCAACGGGCUGCAUCGAGAUGUCUGGUUGCAGUUCACGAAACGAUUCGGCAUCCCUGAGAUUCGGGAGAUUUAUCGCUCAACUGAAGGCAUCGCCAAGUUUGAUAACGUGGCACGCACAACCCGCAGCCGCGGGCAUGGUUGGCUUCGCUGGGCCUCUCAAGCUAUACGCCGAAGACGACACCUUCCUCGUCAAGUAUGAUGCCACCACCGAGGAGCCUUACAGGGACCCCAAGACCGGAUUCUGCGUACGAGCCGAGGCCGAUGAGCCUGGCGAGGCCAUUGGUCGCGUGCGGUCAAUGGAUUUCCUCAAUGACUACCACGGCGACAAGGCGGCCACGGAUCUGAAGCUGAUUUCCAACGUCUUUGAAAAGGGUGAUGUCUUCCAGAGGACUGGAGACUUGCUUGUAAGACAAAGUACAGGUUGGGUACGCUUUCACGACCGCUCUGGCGACACGUUUAGGUGGCGUGGCGAAAAUGUCAGCGCCAGCGAGGUUCGUGAGCACAUUGGCAAGCUUGAGGGUGUCCAAGACACUUCUGUUUACGCCGUGAAGCUCCCCGGGUGA